CAGACAGCUUAUAUUUCAGUCGUCUCAGAAAACAGAUUUCAAAGUUAAUUGCAAAAAUAACCUCUGCAUUGACCAGACGACUUUCAAGUAAGUCGUCUACAGCCAGACGACUUACCCUGUAAGUCGUCUGGAUGAACAGAUCUGAAAAAACUCGAUUUCAUACAUUAAAUUGGUGAGAUAACUUCCUUAGCACACAUAAGGCUUCUCCAAGAACACAAAAUCUCAAACGAAAGUGACCCACACAGAAUCGUUAGUUUCUAUGACUCUAUGAACCAUAAAAAAUAUAGAAUCAAAAUCUUAGAUUUUUUUAACUUAAUGUGGAGAGAAAGUGAGAGAGAUGUUGUGUUUAGUUCAGAAGAAUGGAGAAAAAGAAGGGUAAACUGAUUUUGGAACCGAUUUUGGGAGCAUUAAGAGCUUCAAAUUGGUUGUUCAUGGUGGUUAGGGUAUUGAUGACAAUUGAAAUCUUUUAAUUAUUUGAAGAUGAUGAGGGUGAGAUAGUAAAAAAAUCAUUUUCGAAAAAAAAAAAUUAAUGGUAUUUUCGUGAAUUAUAUGAACUUGUGGGAUGAAUAAGGCAAAACUAAUUUUUUUUUAAAAAGAUUAGUUUUGUGUUUGACUUUGAGUUGUAUGUUAGUUUUGCAAAAAAACCCAAAUAAGAAACCAAUGUCAUGUAAAUUUUCUGAGAAAUUUCUAGCUGAAAAUAAAAAAGGAUAUGUUUUUCACUUAGAUGGAAAACAAUUCGUCUAAAUCUGAGACAAAUCUUUUUUUUUUGUUUUUUCUUAGUCACUAAAACUUAGCUUACUCUGCUAAUUUAUUUAUUUUUGUCAGUCGUGGCUUUAAGACCCCUAAACUUAACCAAUUUCAUUAUUGAAUUCACUAGCAGUAUCCAAUCCUCUCUAUUUGUUAUUUUUCCUAAGUAAUAUUUUCCAAGAAACUAAUAAAUCUAGAUCUUUCCUAAUGACCAUGCUUUUAGAUAUUCCCAAUAGAUGUAAUAAUCAAAACUGUUGAUAUUCAGAAAUAAAAUGUCCUCUUUUUAGUUUUAAAUGCAUUUGAUAUCUUAAUUCCCCUUCUAAUUGAUUUUUUUCCUUUGUUUCCAUUAAUAUUUUAUCAUUAACUUAUUAAAUAUAAUAUAAUUCUCCACAUUUAGUUCAUUAUUCCAUUUUCUUAAUUCCAAAAAGUUAAGAUUCCCUGUCAUUUAUUAUUUAAUAAGCUAAUGUUUAUUGUAAACAUCACGUUCCAGUGACACUCAUAUAUGGCGAAUCUAAGUCUAGACCUUAACAUAAUCUCUGCACGUAACCUUGUAAAUGUUAAUCUCAUCACAAGGAUGGACGUGUACGGCGUCAUUACCAUACAAGGCGACGCCACCCAAAAUGAAAAAAAGGUGAAAACUGCCGUUGAUCGCUCCGGCGGUUCUAACCCGACGUGGAAUCACGCCGUCGAGUUUUCCGUCGACGAGAGAUUAGCUCGUGACAGUCGUUUGACUCUCGCCAUGAGAUUGACCUGUCGCCGUGUCCUAGGCAACAAAAAUAUAGGAGGAGUUAACGUCUCGUUGCUUGAGCUUUUAAAAUCAUGCACUCCCUCAAUUAAAGGUGACGUUAACGGCCAGGAGAUGACGUUUGUGACGUAUCAGGUAAAGUCACCGUCAGGGAAACGGAAAGGCUAUUUGACUUUCGCGUACCGGUUUAAUAAGACACCGAUUAAACCGGAAAUCCCAGCGGUCCUUAACCGGAGUUCUGUUGGUACGGAGGGUUUUUCGCCAACGUCUUAUCCUCCGCCGUCUGCACCGUCAGAAAUCGAGCACUUGCCUUCAGUUCCACCAGAACGAUCAACUGAGUGUCGUCAGGUCGAUUCCGACCAUCGGAAACAUCUCCUCGUUGCUGGCUCGAGUUUCGAUCCUCUUCCAGUAUCCUACGGCGGCGCUGGUUCAUCACCGUAUGAUAAAUUCGGUUACGCUUACCACCAUAGGUCACCACCACAGUCUUCUAACGCAUACUUUGCGCCGCCAGAAACGAGGCACCAAGGGUACGGACCGUACGGUUCUGCCACGCCGUCACCACCCAAGGGGAUAGGGCUUGGGAUUUUAGGUGGAUUGAUAAUGGGAGAUAUUAUUGUGUCUGACGUGGUAAGUUGUUUUGAUCUGUGAUUUUGUUGUUUAUGUAUUUUUUGUAAUCGAGGUAUGGCUUAUUUGUGCAAUCUAAAAUAAUUUAUUGAUUCCAAUCAAUGCAAUUCAUAAAAAUAGUUAGUUACAUGAAACAAUAUUAUAACAAAAUUAAUAUUAAGGAUUUUAUCUGGCAGAAAUCUAAUUUUCCAAUUCUCGUUUUAGUACUAAUUUAGUUUGAAUAGCUAAAAUAUAAGAGCUUGGAUAUUUAUAAUAUUUACUUGUAAGCCUCUGUUCAAUCCGGAUUUUGGUCUACUCCAGAUUUUGGUCUCAUUUCGGUUCAUAUUCUUUUUUGGUUUUUAGUAUUUCGGUUUAUUAAAAUUAGCUACUAUAUUGGAAUUAUAACUAAUUUAAUUUGGUUCAAUUUAUAUACUAUUUAUUUUCGGUUUAUUUGGUUUUAUACAAAAUUUAGUUUAUAUGAUCAGAAAUUAGAUAUAAUCAAACAUAAAUAUAUAUUUCUUACUCUAAUUUUUAAAUAUAAUAUUUUCUGUUUUACUUAACUAUUAAAAUAAAAGUAAGAAAAACAAUAAGAUCAUAAUAUUAUUAUAUAACUAUAUUUUAACAUAAAUAUUUCCCUUAAAAUUAAAAAAAUAUGUUUUAUUUAAUUUGAUGAAAAUGAGAAAA